ACUGCAAGUGACGCUGAUUUGACAGACGGGCUUGACAAAAGCGCCAAACUCUAACCUGAAUUUGCUAGUAAAUAAUCUUGUGGCUUGCAAUAAAACACAUUCGCGAUGGCUUAUAAACCGCAAAAAGUGCAAAAAGUGAUGGUGCAACCCAUCAACCUGAUCUUCCGAUACCUGCAGAACCGAUCCAGAGUGCAAGUGUGGCUGUAUGAGAACGUGAGGCUCCGAAUUGAGGGCCACAUUGUCGGCUUCGAUGAGUACAUGAACCUGGUGCUGGAUGAUGCCGAAGAACUGUACGUUAAAACGAUGCACCGAAGGCCCUUGGGGCGCAUCAUGCUCAAAGGGGACAACAUCACCGUGAUUCAAAUGGUCAAGCCUGAUAGUGUUGAAGAUCCUAACUAGGGGGGACUUCCAAACUCAAUACUUUAAGGCUCUUUAUUGUAUUAUUUAAGUUUAAAUAUAGCGAAUAAAUCUGUUUGCUAAGGACAAAAA